CACUACUCCAUACGCCCGCCAUUCAUAAAAUCAAAAUUAAAGCUCAUCCGUGUUUUUGUGUAACCAAAAAACUCCAUUAGCUCUGGACCCAUUCAUAUCAAUAGCUCUGCAGUUCUAAUAAAAAUCUAAGCUCUACGGCGAUGUGUGAUGAGGCUGGCAAUCCGUGCCUGACAGGUGACGGCUGUGCUGGGGAUGCGAUCAUGGCCUGUGAUCAGUACUGCCCGCCCAAGUGUGACCCUUGUCAGGCACCGGUCGAUUUUAAGCCGUGCCCGCCAGGGGGCGACUGUAAAUGUCGCUGCGACUGUGGUGACUAUGCGGGCUGUUGCUAUCAACAACCACCGCGAGCCCAACCCAUCCGCCCGAUGUCAUGCAUUAUGCGUUCGACAGCGCCAUUGGAAACGGAUACGAUAUAUAAACGCUCCUACUUUGCAAAUUGCGGGGAUUGCUAUCGUGCAAAACCAAUACGACCAUGUCCAAACCUAGUGCCGAAUCCCGGCCGCAUGGAAUCUUUUACUGUGCAGAAGCUAUCAUACUUGGCACCGUGCGCACCGGAUCGCACCGCACCCAUACGACCGCCAGAUAAUGGGCUGCGCUUUUGUGGUCCACUCUAUGCAAUGACCUCACAGAAGCACGACUAUGUGCCAAAGGGCUAUAGUAAACGCAAUCCCAUAUUGCCUAUAAAUGGCAUCUGCAAGCCAUGCGACCCACUAGAGCGAUGUACCAUCAAUCGGUUGUCGUAUAUGCCGGUAGAUGUAUGCCGGAAUCCACCACCCAAACCGAUGGUACAGACUUACAACAUACAACGGCCAACGGGACCGAGUGAAAAAUGCACCAUACAGAAGCUAAGUUAUCUCCCAGUUUGUCCGGUCCCUAAGGAGCCGAUGCCAUGGGCCGAAAAAGUGCGUUGUGUGCCACCUCGUUAUGAAAAUCUCUGCACAACCUAUAAUCUAAGCUAUCUACCAAAUGGUUGUACGGCACGUACGGCUCCUGUUGUACCCAUGCAUAGCAUUAAAACAUUGGGAACAGAUCGUACCGAUGGUUGUACGGUGUACAAACUUAGUUACUUACCGGUGGAUGCACGUUGCUGUCGUCCCCAUCCAAUACGUCCUAGUCCGGGUAUAUGCAUGCCAACAGGCCCACUUGAAAAAUGCACCGUACAAAAGCUGUCAUACCAACCCAAUUGUUGUGUAGCCCGCACGCAGCCUAUUCGUCCCAAAGAGAACUGUCUUAAGGCGUGCGGUCCUCUAUAUAAUAUGACCACACAGAAGCAUGACUUUGUACCGAAACCAAUUUGCCGCCGUCCGCCCAUACGACCGCAAUCGCUUAUAUGUCGCGCCACUGGUUCCAUGGAUCGCUGCACUAUUAACAAACUUUCCUAUAUGCCUGUGAAUGUAUGCGAAUUUAGGCGUCCAGAGCCUAUUAGACCACGGCCAGGCGUGUGCCGUGCGGAUGGGCCCGUCGAGAAUUGUACCGUUUAUAAGCUUAGUUACUUGCCCAAUUGCCCUCAACCUCGACAGCUAUUGCCGUGGGCAAAUCAAUCGUCUUACUGUAAGCCAACAGCACCGAUCGAAAAAUGUACCAUACAGAAACUUAGCUACGGACCACCUGGGACAUUUUCACGUUGCGGCGGUUGUUGCAAUACGAACUGCGGACCAUCAGCCCCCAAAGCAGGCAUAUGUAAUUGACCUUAAUAAUUUCCUUUUUUUUUUUAAGUAUGCGUUCAUUUACACAUAAAUUCUCAAAUAGUCCCGUUUUCUGUUUACAUUCUUAGUUUAGUUUAGAAUGUAAAAUUAUUUGAAUCUUUACUAAGUACUUUCCCUCAACUUGAAUUUUAAGCAGUCAGUAGACCGGGUUCUUGGACACACGUAGUUCUUGUUUAAAAGUAAAUGCACAAUGUCAAGGCAAGCUUCCAACACCACUCAACUGCAUUCAAAAGCAAUAAACUUCACAAGCACAUAA